ACCUGCGCGUGGGCGGGUUAAUGGUUAACGCGCUGAAGUUCACCUGUCGUGCGUGAGUCAACAGAAAACAACACAACAGCCCGGAAGAAAGUCAAUGAGCGGGCAGGGUGAAAGGACAGUUGACCUAUUUAACAAAAGUAUAAUACAUUAUAAACAUGUUGCAGUGAGAGAACUUAUUGUGGAAGUCGGACUGGGUGUUUUUCUGUGAACUCGAUAGGACAAAGGACUUUGGAAGCGCCAAAGUGAAAGUGCGUCGUGAGAUGGACCGCUACCGGUAUUUCAUCUUUAACCAGCGCAGUGUCGUUGUUCUGGGCAUUCUGCAGGUAGCAUGUGCGGCGCUGUGCUUGGUGUGCGGAUUCAUUGAUGCGUUUUUUCGGAAAAACACCACACUCAGUGAAACUAGGGCACCUGUGUGGGCGGGUUUGGUUAUGGCCUGCCCAGGUGCGCUGGCGCUCUUUGCUUCCCAAAGGAAAAACCCAGUAUUGGUGAAUGUAAUGAUCGCUGUCUCAGUGUGCUCCUGUGUUUCCGUGGUGGUGGUGUCAGGUUACGCCAUCCUAACUUUGACCUAUGGCGAGAAUGACAACGAGGUGUUCCACCAUCACAACAACCUUGAAGUGAGGUUUAUGCUGAGCCGGAUGGUGAAAGGGGCCAAUGCCACCAUACUGUUUGUCUGUAUCGUCAGCCUGGUCCUCUCCUCUCUCAUCGCCUUUGUAGGCUGUCGCAGUCUGCCCCUCUGUGGCUGCUACGAUGGUCUCACUGGCCUGGAGAUAUUGGUCCCUCAGAAUGACCCCAGCCCACAGACUGAGCUUGUGUGUACAUGGCAAGCAGGUGGCGAAGACAGUGUGUUAAACUCUCCAGUGAACUUCAGCGACAGAUGUCCCGAGGAAGAGGAGGCGCCCUCCAAACUCCCCCCCUACAGCAGACUCACCUGAGAGGAAUCCUCUAGGCCAGUGGUUACCUAACCUCGUGAAAGGGGACUUCACAAGGUUAGGAUGAAAACCAGCAGACCCAGCUAUAGAGGAUUGUUAUGUUUAAGUGAGUAGCUAGUUAUAUUAUUGUCCACUAGCAUUUCACCAAACAGAGAACCAAGAGGAGGCAGAAUAACAGAUGCAAUAUACCAAACAUUUCAAACUGCCAUUUCAAAUAUGUUUAUUUUUUUACCACUUAUUACCCAUCUACUUGUAUGUGUAAAUCCCUGUGUAAUAUACACAUAGUUAGUGUAAAUAUGCCUUUUUUAAUGAAUUUGCCAAAGUUUCAGCUUGGAAGUGCCUUGUGGUAUCCCGCGACUGUUGAAAUGUACACGGUCCUUCUGUGAGGCUGCUCACGUUUGGAUUGUUGCCCUGUUUUCUAGGUGAUUUUUAUAUGCCAUGUUAUAUUCAACUAAAUAAAUCUUCUGUAAUGUU